GUUUUAGCACCAUAAGUGGCCGGAAUUCCAACAUUGAACCGGCUUAGUCAGAACCCAUUUUUCCAUUAAAGAACAGCCAAUCACACCAGCAAAAACCGACUAGACCUACUGGUGAGACGAUGAAGCAUGUUCAUCGUGAAUAUUAGUGAGAGCUACAGCUUCCUUCAUCAACGUGAACAGGUCCGGCCACUUUCACCUUCAUAGACCCACCAGCUCCAGCGAAGUUGCAGAGACGGAACUCAGGCGACAAUGGCAGAACGGUGAAAAUUUGUCUUUCCAGCAACAACACCUGUGAGAAGCUUGAGCUCUCGACGGCCAACAACAAGUGACAACUGACAAAUCAGCGAGACGCCGAGACCCAAUUGCAGCAACAGUUCCGGCGAGCUUCAGUCAGGUGAAAGGACUCUUUUUCCAGCGACAGUACCGGUUUGCGAUUGUUGAGUUAUCAGAUGGAUGAAGAUUCACAAAGAAAGAUGACAAUUUGGCAGAGAAUGAAAGCUUAGGUGACAGAUUUUUGGUUGAAUUUGGUGGUUUUGGUUUGGUUUUAAUUGAAAAACAAAGCUCUUUUUUUCCCAGCCCACACCAACCCAUCAUCACCUCCAAUUAUCCAAACAAAUCUUUUUUGCCCAAAUCUUCAAACCCAAUUGUGGACAACUCAAUCAUGACGGCGUCGGAUGCGGUAGCCAUGGCUGCCGGGAGAGGAAAAGCGGCAACGACAAAAGCAAAAUCCAGAGCUUCAAUCCGUCAAUGAUUUAAUUAAGGUUAAUUUUGUGGUUAGUUUGGUUUGAUUUGCCAAAUCGGGUCCUAAAUCGGCGCGAGGUUUUGGGUUUUGAACGUGGGUUUUUUUUUUUAACGUGGUCACCGGAAAAUAUAUAUGUGUACGAUAUAUAAGGGUAGGAUUGUCAUUUACAAUUUACAGCAUAUAGGCACGGCCAAACAUUCACCGGAAUAGUAUCACCUGAGUUUUUUUUGCAAAAUUGAGAAUAGUUUAGGGGAAUUUUUGUUAAAAAAAAAAGUUCAAGGGAAUUUUUUGAAAGAGAGAGUGAAAUUGAGGAAAUUUUUUACACUUUACCCUAUUAUUCAAUUUUUUAGGACAAGUGGCUAAAUUUUAUUGGCCCACCUCAUCUGUCAAAAAGGAAACGUGAGAGCAUUACUCAGUCGCCAUUAAUUAAUUGUUGGAACCGCAUGGAAAGUGAAGGUGAAAACGUUGCUAUUUUGGGGCUAACCGAUAUCUGUGAUGCCUUUGCCUGAAGAAGGAAUGCUAUAGCAUUUCUGUUGUCUACUUAUGAUGUCUGCGUUGGAGGAAUUGAAAAAGAAGCUCACACCUUUAUUUGAUCCUGAAAAGGGUUUUUCAUCUGCAUCAACAUUGGACCAUGAUGAUUCUUAUACGCUAUCGGAUGGUGGAACUGUUAACUUAUUGAGUAGAUCGUAUGGAGUAUACAACUUUAAUGAGCUUGGACUGCAAAAGUGCACAUCGUCACCCAUAGAGGACACAGAUCAUGGUGAAAGGACAUACAGGUGUGCUUCCCAUGAAAUGAGGAUUUUUGGAGCCAUAGGUAGUGGUGCAAGCAGUGUGGUUGAGAGAGCUAUUCAUAUACCCACUCAUAGAAUUCUUGCCUUGAAGAAGAUUAAUGUUUUUGAAAAGGAUAAAAGGCAACAGCUUCUUACUGAAAUACGAACUUUGUGUGAGGCACCUUGUUAUCAUGAUCUUGUGGAAUUCCAUGGAGCAUUUUACACUCAGGCCUCUGGGCAAAUAAGCAUAGCUCUGGAAUACAUGGAUGGUGGAUCCCUAGCAGAUAUAAUACAACUGCGGAAAUGUAUACCGGAACCAGUUCUUUCAUCUAUGGUUCAAAAGCUUUUGCAUGGACUGAACUAUUUGCAUGGAGUUAGACAUUUAGUUCACAGAGACAUAAAGCCCGCAAAUUUGCUUAUAAAUCUCAAGGGAGAACCAAAGAUAACGGAUUUUGGUAUAAGUGCUGGCUUAGAGAAUACAGUGGCAAUGUGUGCUACUUUUGUUGGAACUGUUACUUACAUGUCACCUGAGCGAAUUCGAAAUGAAAGCUAUUCUUAUCCAGCUGAUAUUUGGAGUCUUGGGCUUGCACUCUUUGAAUGUGGUACAGGGGAAUUCCCAUAUAUGGCCAAUGAAGGACCUGUUAAUCUUAUGUUGCAGAUUAUAGAUGAUCCAUCACCAUCGCCAUCGAAAGACUUCUUUUCAUCAGAAUUCUGUUCAUUUAUUGAUGCUUGCCUACAGAAGGAUGCAGAUGCAAGGCCAACAGCAGAGCAGGUGAGCAAAAGCAGAUACCAGUUUCAACAUUUAUUUAAGCUUCUUUCACACCCAUUUAUUACCAAGUAUGACGAUGCUGGGGUGGAUUUAGCAGCGUUCGUCCAAAGCGUUGUUGAUCCUACACAGAGGAUGAAGGAUUUAGUAGAUAUGCUCACAAUACACUAUUACUUGCUUUUUGAUGGACCGGAUGAACUUUGGCAACAUACAAAGACCUUAUAUAGUGAAUGUUCAGUUUUCAGAAUAUUUAGGUCCAAAUGACAUCUUUGCAACUUUGUCAAAUAUUCGGACUACAUUAGCUGGCGAGUGGCCGCCUGAAAAGCUUGUGCAUGUUGUGGAAAAACUUCAGUGCCGUCCUCAUGGUCGAGAUGGAGUUGCAAUGCGUGUAUCAGGAUCAU